UGCAAAAUCGCUGCUAGAUAAAAUGGAACCCUUAUUUAGAUGUGAAACCCGGAUAAUGGCGUGUGAAAAGAGAUAAUUAGAAACCGGUUCACAGUGUCCCAGGGUUUCCGGAAGGCACAGAGUGCAUGCUUGCUUGCUUGCUUGCGCUUGCGUCUGCGCGAGGGAAACGGAGGGAAAGGGAAAGGGAGCGAGGGAGUGAGGGAACCAUCGACGCGAGGCGUGGUUGCACACACAGUGCAUCAAAGAUCGUUGGUUUUACGCAUCGAAUCGGUGGAAAGUUGUGUCACAUUGUUGGAAUUCGGGCGUGCAUUGUGCGGGUUGGCUUUUUGAGAGCAGUUUUUGGUCGUGUGAUUAGGAAGAAGGGAUGACGACCGCGGAGGUCGAUGCUGUGGAUUUUGAGCCCGAGGAAGAUGAUCUUUUGGACGAUGAUGUGCCAAUGGAGGAUGCAGACGCUCCUCCUGCUCCUCAACCGAAGCUGAAGUCGACCAUCACCAGUACUAGUGCUGGAGGUUCUCAACUUCCCGGGGCGGCUGCCAGAAAAACCAAGGGUCGAGGUUUUCGAGAGGAGACGGACGCGGAUCGGUCUAAUCGAUACGCUGCUAAGGAUUUCGAGUCUCUCGAUUCAGCUGGAGGUCCUGGUCCUCAGCGUUCCGUGGAGGGUUGGAUUAUACUUGUAACGGGAGUCCAUGAGGAGGCCCAAGAGGAUGAUCUUCAUGAGCUGUUCGCUGAGUAUGGAGAAAUCAAGAACUUGCACCUCAACCUUGAUCGAAGGACUGGUUUUGUCAAGGGUUAUGCGCUUAUUGAGUAUGAGGCAAAGAAAGAAGCUCAGGCUGCCAUCGACAAUCUAAAUGGUGCAGAACUCCUCACACAGAUUAUCGCUGUAAAUUGGGCCUUUAGCAGCGGUCCUCUUCGCCGACGCAACGUCCGAAGACAACGAUCUCCACGAGGUGGUCAUAGGUCCCGGAGCCCUACGAGAAGACGGUACUAGCUUCACAUCAAUGGCGGUGGGCUGGUUAGGCCGUUUUAGUUGCCAACCAUAAACUUCAAUCUGAUCGAUUUGCGAGCUUGUACUGUACUCAGGGCUUGUGUAAAGGGUCUACCACACUUGAGUUUUUUUAGUUUUCAAGUGGUGUCUGUGUGCUCGUAUCCGAGGUAGAGUUCAACAUCUUUUGUGUACGGCGGAGGCCUCACUGCAUGAUUGAACUUCAUUCCUGAUGUAAUGUUACGGUUGAAAAAGCGGAUUUGGGCGACACCAGAAGCAUGAUAUACCUUAGUAGUUAGUGUUACACAUCUGUGACAGGCAACUCCUCAGAAAUAUAUUUUCUGGUAAAUAUUGUGAAUCCAUCCUGUAUUGAUUGAUGUAGUUGUUCCGUUGGCCACCACUCCUUUUUUAUGUUCUCCAAUCUAUAGCUAUGUACAAUUCCC